UUAUAAUAAUUCUUCAGUGUUUUAAUUCGUGGUGGGGGUUUACCUUGUCUGAGCUUUCUAGAGAAAGGUGAAGGUAGAUUAGGUUAGAUAGAUAUCAUCAUGAGUAACAAUAGCAACAACUGGUUGGGUUUUUCUCUGUCUCCGCACCUUCGACUUGAUGAAGGGUUUGGUAGCGUAGAAGAUCAUGAACAAGCUCAGGCUGCUGCAGCAGGACCUGGAGGAGGAGCCUUCUCUCAUCACAAUAUCCCUAUCAUGCCUUUGCGCUCUGAUGGCUCUCUCUGUGUUGUUGAUCCGUUCAGGAGAUCCUCUACUUCUUCUCCACAAGAUUGGAGGUAUGGGAACAUGAGUAUUGUGACUUCAAAUAGUAGUGCAAGCGAGGAGGCUCCAAAGCUCGAGGAUUUCUUGGGUGGUUGUUACUCAAACUCUCCAACACAUGAAACCAAAGUGUAUCCUCAAGUCCAAGAAACUAGAUUAAUCAAUGUUAAUGUAGCACCAAGCUUUAAUGCUGAUGGAGAUCAAGUAGAAACAUCUUCAUCAAGAGAGAAUUUCAAUCACCUAUUCCAACAUAGUUACCAUUUCAAUGGCAACCCAAACGCUAAUGGGAUUUACCACCAUUUGCCUUUUGAGUCGGUUUCAGGGCUGAAGUCUUGGCUAAGGCAACCACCUCCCCAACCUCCACCAAGUUGUAGUAGUGAUCAGGAAAGAUGUUUGAAUGAUCAUCAAGAAACAAAUAUUAAUUGCAACUCCCAAUCACUGUGUCUUACCGUGAGUCCUAGUACUACACAGAAUGGUGGAUUGGCUGCAAUUUCACAAGUGCAACAAGUAGUGAUCGAUAAUCGUAAGCGAUCACAGGUGGGUAAGUCUCCGGCUAGAGAAGCUGUUCCUCGAAAAUCUAUCGACACUUUUGGGCAAAGAACUUCUCAGUAUAGAGGUGUUACAAGGCAUAGAUGGACUGGGAGAUACGAGGCACAUUUGUGGGACAACAGUUGUAGAAAAGAAGGACAAACAAGGAAAGGAAGGCAAGUUUAUCUUGGGGGUUAUGACAAGGAAGAAAAAGCAGCAAGGGCUUAUGACUUAGCUGCCUUGAAGUAUUGGGGUCCAACAACUCAUAUAAAUUUCCCUCUGACUACUUAUGAGAAAGAACUGGAAGAAAUGAAGAAUAUGACCAGGCAAGAGUUUGUAGCCAACUUGAGAAGGAAAAGUAGUGGGUUUUCAAGAGGAGCUUCUAUGUACAGAGGAGUGACAAGGCACCAUCAGCACGGGAGAUGGCAAGCUAGAAUUGGAAGGGUUGCAGGGAACAAGGACCUCUACCUUGGCACUUUUAGUACACAAGAAGAAGCUGCAGAAGCGUAUGACAUUGCAGCGAUUAAGUUCAGGGGAACAGGUGCUGUCACCAAUUUCAAUAUUGGCCGUUAUGAUGUUAAGAGAAUUUGCUCGAGCUCAACUCUCAUUGCUGGUGAUCUCUCCAAACGUUCUCCACAAGAAUCUGCUCCGGUUGCCAUGGAGGACUAUAAUUCCUGUGCCUCAUCAGCAUCCUCUCAACCGCUCCUUGCAAUAACCGGCAGUGAAGCCUCUGACGGAGUAGUGACUGAUCAUACGGGUUGGAGUGCAAGUACAGAUGAACAGAACCAGCAGCACAAAAAUGCUACCACCAGCAACGAGGCAUUAUUGCUAGCUGCUUGGUGUACCAAGAAUAACACGAACCCGCAAAGCCCAAAAUGUCCUAUUGGAUUAGCUAAUGAGUUGGUAACUGGUACCGGAGACUAUUCUCAAGCGUUUUUCUCGUUGCACGGACCAAAAUAUGAAGAUACUAAUGGUGGGAGCGAUCAUGGAAGUAUUAAUCAAGCGGAAAAUUUGAGUUUAGAACAUCAUUCCCCAAUCUUUGCAUUGUGGAAUCAGUAGUAAUUGCGUUCCGAUUCGAUUGUAACAAGAUACGAUUGUAACAAGAUAUGUAAGGUGAUUGCAGUCAAAAGCUAGCUAGCUGCACUUGUGGAAUUCUAGAUGAUAGAAAAUGUAGUGACUAGGGAUAUUCUGGAGUAUAGUAUGCCACUUUGGUUUCGUUGA